CUGGGGGGCCUAACCCUCCCCCUCAGCUCCACCUGACUGCAGUCACAUGACCACAGAGGGUUUUUAUCCCACAUGGCUGCUGGUGCUCAGUCAUUCUGAGGGUUCUGGUCUGGUGUGGUCUGACGUGGAUCUGCGGGGUGGACCAUGGCCCAGGUCCAGGAUGAGCCGGAUCAGACCCUGGUCAGUGGUCUGGGUCAGCUGGUCAGUUUGGGAAACGUCCUUCUGGAAAAAGCCAAACAGGAGGCAGAGGAGUCUCUGGAGAGUUUCGUUCCAAAUAAGAUCACCACCCUGUUCGGCCUGAUCACAGCCGGAGCAACUUUGUACAAAAGCCUCGGAGUGACGAAAAAGACCGAAGCAGAGGCCAUUUGGCAGAAGUCGUACCAUCAUGCAGCGGUGAAGGAGCAGGUGGACGAGCUUCUGCAGCUGGAGACCAACUGGGACUCGUUCCUGGACGGUGUGGAUGCAGGUCUGCGGACCGUCGAUGGGCAACCUGCAGGAAAAACCACUGACCGCCUGAGCCCCGACAACACAUUUACUGACGCACGCAGCGGAAAGUCUGUGACUCUGGGUCAGUUCUUGGACCAGGGUCAGAAGCUGCUGCUGGUUCUCAUCAGACAUUUUGGAUGACUACCGUGACGGGACCACGUGGCCGAGCUGGAGGCCAGUGAGGCGCUCUUCAAGGCUCGGUCGGUGCAGGUCUUGAUCGUUUCUUUCGGCGGUGUGGAAGGAGCCCAGCUGUGGUUGGAGCAGACGGGAUGCAGCUUCCAAAUGCUACUGGAUCCACAGAGGAAGAUCUACAGGAGUUUUGGCCUGGGCUCGUCUUACUCCAGGGUGAUGAGCUUCGGAUGCCUGUUGCAGUACUCGGAGUAUGGAGCUGUGGACAGAGACUUCCCUGACGUCCCCGCUCGCCUCCUGGAGGACAUCUACCAGGUAGAAAAGAAGGGAUGGGACUGA